UUCAUACUAUACUUAUCCUCCAAUUUUACGAGUACUAUUAUGUAAUACUCUAGGUGUUAGUAGAAGGUAUGGAAGAUUCCCUUGGCUGAAAUGUUUUGCUCUCCGAAGGUAGCAUAAAAAUGCAUCGGCUCAUAGUGGAUGUUGUACUUCUUAUCGGGGUUGCGAGUCAUGAGGCCGACCUGGAAGAACGAGUUGAUCCGGAGAUCUACGUGUUGGAUGGUGUAUGGAAGGAUGGUUAGCUGAUACACGUCAACGAUCAGUAGCCACGGUGCUGGAAUCUAGAACCACGUCGAACCGGUAGACUUCAACGGCCAGAACGGUGAAUGUAUGGAUGGUUGUGGCGACUAAUGACAAAAACAUGAGUUUAUAUGGCUGUGGCUGCCCCUGGCCGUGCUCUCCAUGGCCCAUCCUGCGUCCACACCUCGAACUCCAAUACCACGUCACAGCUUAAUUGGAAGAUGUGCGUGCUGCUGGCGAAAGGCCCCGUGUUCCACUUGAGACUCCCGCUCCCGGAGGAAGAUCAUCACGUCGUAGCUGUCUUCGGGCUGGUAGAAGCCGUGGACUGUGCCCUCCAUGGUGAGGUUCUGCUCCUCGAAGGUGGCGUAAACCCCCAUUGGGUUGUGGCUCGCUCAUGACCUUUUGUUGCGGUUGAUGGCAAGGAGCUUGAGCUGCAAGAAAUAGCAAUCUCACGGGUUAUUCUCGAACAAAAUUUGUCUCUUCUUCUUUGCAUGCAACUCUUGCUUGCUUAUCUGCCAUCCAUGAAUAUCGACAGGCGUGCAAAAGGAAAGAGAAAGGAAGGGUUUCUUUUCGACAUAAGAAUGGAGGGAAAGAGAUGAAGGGUGACAGGAAAAUGAAGAGAUAGCCGCUAUGACAUAGCUAACUGGGGACCCGCUCACUCCAAUGACAAAUAUGUAAAACUUAACAAAAAAGUAGGGGUAAU